GCUUCCCGCCUCCAUCCCCCUCCCCGCUUCUGUCCAGCUCUCGCAGCCGCAGCCGACGCACUCCGCGCUGCGUCUUCUGGCGUCUGCCCUCACUGCCACCAUGAGCAGCAGUGCUUCUCCCACGCCUCUGCUCGUCGAGAUCGCGCCGCAUUCUUCCUCCUUCUUCGCCGGCGAAGCCUUCGUCUGCACCUUGACGUUCAUCAACACGCUCCCCGCACCUCCACCCUCUUCACCUCUCACUACUCCCACACCCACAUCCGGCUACUUCCCCCGGCAUGGGCACGCCAAGUCGCACUCCGUCGACGUGCGCACGUUCGCGCGCGACCUGGCGCUGGAGAAGCGCGACGAGGGAGCACAGGAUGCGCGCUACUAUGCGGAGCGGCGGGAGCGCGAUGAGAAGCUGCUGAGUCAGUCUGCUGUGCCUCGACGCUCGUUUGCCCUGCAUCGCGCAUCGGAGAGCCUGCAUCGCCUGCCGUCGAGCGCCUCGCUGCAGGAGGAGGAGCAAGCCGUGCCGAGACGCAGAGGCAUGGUCGGACGACGCGCCUUCUCGGGCGCUGCGGCCGGCACAGCAGCAUCGACGACGGCACAGACAAAGGGCCAUCGCGUCUCGCAGAGCCUGUCUGCCUCUCAUGCUCGCUCUGGCCUGGGCAUCGGCCAUCCUGUCAACGACGCAUCGGGCGCAGCAAGCGGCAGCGGCGGAGCGUUCCGCACGCCUCUGCCCUCGGGUGGGGUCUCCUCGCACAACACGGCACUAGAGCUGCGCCACGCCUCCGCUAGCAGCGCCACCUCCGCCUCCGCUCUCGCCUCCUCCAGCGUCCCUCGCAGCGCCUCCUCUUCGCGUCUGCCCUCCGCUCGCGUACCAGCGGCGCACCCGCACGCGCGCAAAGAGUCCGUCGCCGCCAUCCAGGCCGAAGAUCUCUCCUCCGCCUUUGCUCUCGACUCCGAGCCUUCUUCUUCCUCCACUUCCUCUGGCUCCUCUACUCCUCGUCUCGCGCACCCCGCCACUUCGCGCGCCACCUUCUACGGCGCCGGCGAGGCGGCAAACGACACGCUUGAAAGUGUGCUUCGCGAUGACAUCACCAACUGGUCUGCUCCUCGUGCCUCCUCCAGCAGCACAAGCAACACACCAGUCCAAUCGCCCCUCUUUCCUCCCUCUUCCUCGAGACGCGCCGCUCCGGCAGAAGGCAGUGUGCGUCUCCUCUGGGCCUACGCGCAGUUCGGCGGCGAGUUUCGGCUCGACGAGAGUCUGAUCAAGCCGGCGGAGUUCGAGGACAUGAAGCGUCGGCUGCUCUCCACCUCUUCGUUCGGCGGCGGCUCCCUCUUUGCGCCUGCCGGCCUCACUGCUGCCGCAGUACCUGCGGCGGCGCCGGAAGAAGUGAAGCGCAGAGCUUCGUGGGGCAGCUAUCUGAGUCCGAGCGCGUGGCGAGGACAUGCGCGCAAAGGCUCGACGCUGGAAGAGACGAGGCGAAAGCUGGGCGAAUCAAGAGCGGUGCCGCUCUUUGUGACGCAGCCGAGCGUGCUGCUCGUCGAUGUGGAUCUGAAGCCGGGGGAGAGGCGGAGCUACACGUUCCGUCUGCCGCUGCCUCCCGAUCUCCCACCCUCUUACAGCGGGCGUUCCAUCUCCUUCAACUACACGCUCACGCUCGGCACCAAUCGUCUCGACACCUCCUCUUCCUCGGGCGGCAGCAGUGGGCGACAACGUUCGCGUCUGAUCCGCAUCCCACUGCGCAUCUACAACCACGUCGCGCCGACGGGCACGACGCUCUUCUUCGACUUGCAGAAUCCAGUCGUGUGGAAGAGCAGCGCGCACGUCGACGAGGAGGCCGAUGAGAAGCCGCCAGCGCCGCAGUCACAAGCGCAGCAGCAGCAGAAGACAGUGCGAGAGGGCAGCAAGUCGGGAGAGAAACGCAAGGCCGGCGGAGGCACAGGCAAGAACGAGCAGAUGGACCGAAAGGCCUUCGAUGCGUAUGCCACUUCGCUCGUUGCUUCGUGUACGCCUGCUACGACGGAGACGAGAGAGGAAGACGUAGCGACGGACCUGGAGCGCGUCUCGUUGCUCGUCGCUCAGCAACAACAACAACAGCCUGGCUCUACGGCAGCGCAUUCGAGCGGAGCCGAGACGCUGGCUGUGCCGACUCAGCUCGAGCCGAGACCUAACUCGCCGCUGGGCAGAAGAGCGAGUGUAGGCGCGGUGAAGGAGGACGUGGAGGAGGAGGAAGAAGGAGGACCGACGAGUACGAUGCAGGCUGUAGAGCUGCUCAGUCGGAACUCCAGCAAAGUGUCGUACGACAUUGCCAAAGACGGCCAACUCGCCGCCGUGCUCACGCUCGUCAAGUCCAAGUAUCGCCUCGGCGACACCGUCCUCGGCGUCGUCUCGACCAACUUCCCCGGCGCCGUGGCGCGCGUGGUGCGCGUGGCCGCGGCGCUGGAGACGCAUGAGAGCAUCGAGCCGACUCUGGCUACACUGCCUGCUGCGAGAGGUGCACGGAUGACGAAGGUCGUGCAUGCGGAGGCCCAUGAAUGUGCGCUGGAUGUGGGACAGGUCGGCUUCCAGCUGCCGAUUCCCAGCGGCGCCACGCCGGACUUCGUCACGAGUGCCGUCAAGCUGCACUGGACAGUGCGCCUCUCCUUCCUUACACUCUCCACCGUCAAGGCCUCUGCCACUGCCCUUCGGGUCGCUCCCCCUCCGCAUCUCGAGGCAGUAGGAGAGGAUGGGUACGAGCACUACCAUCUCUCUCUCUGCGCCGUCGACGCGCUCUCGGGCCCCGCAAGCGCAGCCAGACACGCGCAGCUGCAGCGGCAAGAGGGCGAGGAAUGGCCACAGGGCACAAAGCUCGAGCUCGUCGAGUGCGCCGUGCCGCUCGCCGUGCUGCCGCACUCGACGAGAUUCCAACCGGGCGCGGCGAGCGUGUAUGCCUGAGGCAAGGUGCCGCAAUGCCCAUGUCCUUGCUAGGAGGUCAGACGUGGUCAUUAACGGACAAGUAAGAGGUCGCGCUGCGGCGGGGAGGGAUCAAUGGGCAAGGACGGGCCAAGGCAAGCGCGCCAUGACAAGGAGCGGCGUGCCAGGUGCGGGUAUGGGAAUCGGCAGCGAGGAAACAGAGAGAGAGAAGAGAAGAGAAGAGAAAAGACAGACG